AUGUCCCGUACAGCGCAAGAGCAGUUCUACUAUGGUAUCGACGAACAGGCUCGCCGGCCAACCGCACGACCAUUGCCGGAUGCGCGCCAGAAAGGAUUCCAUGGCCAGACCAGACUUAUCACGGUCACUCCAGAUGCAAUCAUUCCAUCAGUAAAUGAACCGAUUGAGGCCAGUGGAGGAUCGAGAAGACGUAGGAGCGAUGUAUUCGACGCUCGUGGCCGACGUCAGUGUGUCACCUGGGAAACCAUGACGGAUGAGGAACGGGAGGAAGUUCAAAGAAUGAAAAGGUAG